AUGGCCCUGGUGCGGGGCGCCGAGCCCGCGGCGGGGCCCUCCCGCUGGCUACCCACGCACGUCCAGGUGACUGUGCUGCGGGCCCGCGGGCUGCGGGGCAAGAGCUCGGGAGCGGGCAGCACCAGCGACGCGUACACGGUGAUCCAGGUGGGCCGCGAGAAGUACAGCACGUCGGUGGUGGAGAAGACGCCGGGCUGCCCGGAGUGGCGCGAGGAGUGCUCUUUCGAGCUGCCGCCCGGUGCCCUGGACGGCCUGCUGCGGGCGCAGGAGGCCGAUGCGGGCCCGGCUCCCUGGGCCGCGGGCUCCGCCGCCGCCUGCCAGCUGGUGCUCACCACCAUGCACCGCUCGCUCAUCGGCGUUGACAAGUUCCUGGGCCAGGCCACGGUGGCGCUGGACGAGGUCUUCGGCGCAGGCCGCGCCCAGCAUACGCAGUGGUACAAGCUGCACUCCAAGGCCGGCAAGAAGGAGAAGGAACGUGGGGAGAUCCAAGUCACAAUCCAGUUCACUCGCAACAACUUGAGCGCCAGCAUGUUUGACCUGUCCAUGAAGGACAAGCCGCGGUCCCCUUUCAGCAAGAUCAAGGACAAGAUGAAGGGCAAGAAGAAGUUUGAGCUGGAAUCUGCCUCCGCCAUCCUGCCAAGCAGCGCCCUGGAGGACCCCGAGCUGGGCAGCCUGGGCAAGAUGGGCAAAGCCAAAGGCUUCUUCCUCCGCAACAAGCUGCGCAAGUCCUCUCUGACGCAGUCCAACACCUCGCUAGGCUCGGACAGCACGCUGUCCUCGGCCAGUGGGAGCCUGGCCUACCAGGGCCCGGGCGCUGAGCUCCUUACUCGCUCGCCUAGCCGCAGCAGCUGGUUGUCCAGCGAAGGGGGCAGGGACUCCACCCAGUCCCCCAAGUUGCUGACCCACAAAAGGACCUACAGCGAUGAGGCCAGCCAGAUGCGAGCGGCUCCACCCCGAUCCCUUCUGGACCUCCAGGGCCACCUGGAAACUGCCUCCCGCUCCUCACUCUGCGUCAAUGGGAGCCACAUUUACAAUGAGGAGCCCCAGGCCCCCCUGCGGCACCGCAGCUCCAUCUCGGGCCCAUUUCCACCCUCCGGCUCCCUGCACGGCGGGUCCUCCCGGCCUGCCGAGGAGGGGCCUCGGGCCGCAGAUGACUUGGGGGGCGGAGGCAGCCGCAGCACCAGCAGCUCAGAGGUGCCGCCCGGACAGGAGGAGCCGAGCUCUCAGGCCCAAGUGUUGGUCCCUGGCGCCAGCCGCUCUGGAGAGGAGGAGGGGGCCCGGCUCCCCGAGGCCAAGCCGGUACAGGUCGCCACACCCAUGGUGGCCUCCUCUGAGGCUGUGGCCGAGAAGGAGGGAGCCCGGAAGGAGGAGCGGAAGCCCCGGAUGGGCCUCUUCCACCAUCACCACCAGGGACUGAGUCGGAGCGAGUUGGGGCGCCGCGGCUCUCUGGGGGAGAAGGGGGGUCCCGCCCUGGGGGCCUCCCCCCACCACCCAUCCAGUGGUGAAGAAAAGGCCAAGAGUAGCUGGUUUGGCUUGAGAGAAGCCAAGGAACCAACUCAGAAACCGAGUCCCCACCCUGUGAAGCCACUUAAUGCUGCCCCUGUGGAGGGCAGCCCAGACAGGAAGCAGUCCCGCUCCAGUCUGAGCACAGCUCUGAGCAGUGGGCUGGAGAAGCUCAAGACUGUCACGUCGGGCAGCGUGCAGCCUGUGGCUCCAGCCCCCCAAGUUGGCCAGACUCUGGACACCAAGAGGCUGAAGGACUCAGGGGUGCUGGACCAGUCGGCCAAGUACUACCACCUGACCCACGACGAGCUCAUCAGCCUGCUCUUGCAGCGGGAGCGGGAGCUGAGCCAGCGGGAUGAGCACGUGCGGGAGCUGGAGAGCUACAUUGACCGGCUGCUGGUGCGGAUCAUGGAGACCUCGCCCACACUGCUGCAGAUCCCCCCGGACCCCUCCAAGUAGCCUCCUCACCCCUGCCCCCGGGAGGGUGGGCGUGAGCCCACUGCCCAAACUGGGCCUGCGCUGCCCUCCUUCCCGCUGUACUCACUCUCAGCUGGGCAGGCUGCUGUCUGUCCUCUGUUGUCACUCCCUGC